GGGUUGGGAGUAUGUGUGUGUGUGUAUAUAUAUAUUCUUUUGCCUCUAAAAUAUAACUUCUCAUAGUAUAAAUAUGGUAGGAAUUCUGCAAAAUUGGACCGAUGAGGAAAGAAGAGAUUAUUCCAAGAGACUCUGAAGUACAGUACCCAGUUGGUAGUGAGCUUUCUGCUAAACUGUUUCAGCCCAGAAUGGCUGUGGAAUCCAGAGCAGUUUCAACCCCAGUACCUCAGAAUCCUCAGGAACAAGAGCUCAUACUAGUGAAAGUAGAAGAAAGCCUUUCAUGGGGCCAGAAAUUUAAGCAGAAUGGGAGUACCCGAUCCUGCCAAGAAUUGUUUCGCCAGCAAUUCAGAAAGUUUUGCUACCAGGAGACGCCUGGGCCCCGGGAGGCCCUGGGCCGACUCCAGGAGCUUUGCUAUCAGUGGCUGAGACCAGAGGUGCACACGAAGGAGCAGAUCCUGGAGCUGCUGGUGCUGGAGCAGUUCCUGAGCAUCCUGCCUGAGGAGCUGCAGAUCUGGGUUCAGCAACAUAGUCCAAAAAGUGGCGAGGAAGCUGUCACUCUGUUGGAGGAUUUGGAGAGGGAAUUUGAUGAUCCAGGGCAGCAGGUCCCAGCUAGUCCCCAGGGACCAGCAGUGCCAUGGAAGGAUAUGCCAUGUCUUGGAGCAUCCCAGGACUUAACAGACAUCCAACUCCAGCCUUUAAAGACACAGCUGAAACCGCGGGAACCUUGCCUUUCCCCACAAAGUGAUUGUAAACACAAGGAAUCAGCAACAAAGAAGGACAUUUCAAAAGAGAAAUCUCAGAGGCCUUCCCAGGAACCUUCCUUUGGAAGAGUUAGUGAACAUGAAAGCAUCUUAGAGUGGCCGCAAGGAAGUGCUGCAGGGCAGAAAUUAAGGCAAUGCCCUUCCCAGGGGGCUGGUUUUAGUCAAGUCAUCUUCACACACAAAGCUCUAGGAAACAGGGAUCAUCAUGAGCCUCAAAGAAGCUUGAUUCUAAGUACGAACUCUGUAACCUGUCAGAAAGUUCCCUCAGAAGAGAGACCUUACAGGUGUGAUGUGUGUGGGCACAGCUUCAAACAGCAUUCCUCUCUGACGCAACACCAGAGAACCCAUACUGGAGAAAAGCCCUAUAAAUGCAACCAGUGUGGGAAGGCCUUUAGUUUGAGGUCCUACCUCAUUAUUCAUCAGAGAAUUCAUAGUGGCGAGAAAGCAUAUGAAUGUAGUGAAUGUGGGAAGGCCUUCAACCAGAGCUCAGCCCUCAUCAGACAUCGGAAAAUCCAUACCGGUGAGAAAGCUUGUAAAUGUAAUGAAUGUGGCAAAGCAUUCAGUCAAAGUUCCUAUCUCAUCAUCCAUCAAAGAAUCCACACGGGUGAGAAACCCUAUGAGUGUAAUGAGUGCGGAAAAACCUUUAGCCAAAGCUCAAAGCUUAUUAGACACCAGCGAAUUCAUACCGGAGAGAGACCUUAUGAAUGUAACGAGUGUGGAAAAGCUUUCCGGCAGAGCUCAGAGCUGAUAACCCAUCAGAGAAUUCAUAGUGGAGAGAAACCCUAUGAAUGUAAUGAGUGUGGAAAAGCCUUCAGUCUGAGUUCAAACCUCAUCAGACAUCAGAGAAUUCAUAGUGGAGAGGAACCCUAUCAGUGUAAUGAAUGCGGCAAAACCUUCAAAAGGAGCUCAGCCCUUGUUCAGCAUCAGAGAAUCCAUUCUGGGGAUGAAGCUUACAUAUGUAACGAGUGUGGGAAGGCCUUCAGGCACAGAUCUGUCCUCCUGCGCCAUCAGAGAGUCCACACUGGGUAUAAACACCAUAACUGUGAUAAAUGUGGGCAAAGCUUUGCUUGGAGAACAGGCCUUAUUAGGCAUCAAAGAACUCAUUGGGAGAAACCCUAUGAAUGUGAUAACUGUGGAAAGGCCUUUAAUGUGAGUUCAGCCCUGGUUCUGCAUCAGAGAAUUCAUACUGGGGAGAAGCCCUUUCCUUGUAAUUGGUGUAUUAAAAGUUUCAGUCGGAGCUCAGACCUUAUUAAACAUCAUAGAGUCCACACUGGUGAAAAACCUUACAAAUGUGAUGAAUGUGGGAAAGCCUUCAGUCAGAGCUCUGAUCUUAUUAUACAUCAGAGAAUCCAUACAGGAGAAAAACCCUAUCAGUGCAAUCACUGUAGUAAAAGUUUUAGCCAGCGCUCAGACCUGGUUAAACACCAGAGAAUCCAUACUGGAGAGAAGCCUUAUACCUGUAACCAGUGUAAUAAACAUUUCAGUCAAAGUUCUGAUGUUAUAAAACAUCAAAGAAUCCACACUGGCGAGAAACCAUAUAAAUGUGAUGUGUGUGGGAAAGCCUUCAGUCAGAGCUCAGAUCUUAUUCUGCAUCAGAGAAUUCACACUGGAGAGAAACCAUAUCCAUGUAAUCAGUGUAGCAAAAGUUUCAGUCAGAACUCAGACCUGAUUAAACAUCGAAGGAUCCACACUGGAGAGAAACCCUAUAAAUGUAAUGAAUGUGGAAAGGCUUUUAACCAGAGUUCAGUCCUUAUUCUGCAUCAGAGAAUUCACACUGGAGAGAAACCCUAUCCAUGUAGUCAGUGUAGCAAAACCUUCAGUAGACUGUCAGAUCUCAUUAAUCAUCAACGAAUUCACACUGGAGAGAAGCCUUACCCAUGUAACCAGUGCAGUAAAAUGUUUAGUCGAAGAUCAGACCUUGUUAAACAUCACAGAAUUCAUACAGGUGAGAAACCCUAUGAAUGUGAUGAGUGUGGAAAAACUUUUAGUCAGAGCUCAAACCUUAUUCUCCAUCAGAGAAUUCACACCGGAGAGAAACCAUAUCCAUGCAAUGAUUGUACGAAAAGUUUUAGUCGUCGUUCAGACCUUGUGAAACAUCAAAGAAUACACACUGGAGAGAAACCAUAUGCAUGUAGUCAGUGCAAUAAAAGUUUCAGUCAAAGCUCAGACCUCACUAAACAUCAGAGAGUACACUCUGGGGAAAGGCCCUAUCACUGCAAUUGUUGUGAGAAAGCCUUCAGUCAGAGUUCCGACCUUAUUCUUCAUCAGAGAGUUCACACUGGAGAAAAACCAUAUGCAUGCACACAGUGCAGCAGAAGUUUCAGUCAGAACUCAGAUCUUAUCAAGCACCAGAGGAUCCACACUGGGGAGAAACCAUACAAAUGCAACGAGUGUGGAAAGGCUUUCAGUCAGUGCUCAGCUCUCAUCCUACAUCAGAGGAUCCAUACUGGGGAGAAACCAUAUCCAUGUGAUCAGUGUGGCAAAAGCUUCAGUCGGCGCUCUGAUCUCAUUAACCAUCAAAGAAUCCACACUAGUGAAAAUCCAUAUAAAUGUGAUAUGUGUGGGAGAGCCUUUAGCACAUUCUCUGAUCUUAUUGAACACCAGAGAAUCCACACCGGAGAGAAAACCCACAGGUGUGUUCAGUGCAGCAGAAGUUUCAGCCAACUCUCUGAUCUUGUUAAUCAUGAGACAGUCCAUUCUGGGGAAGACACUCUAAAUGCGAUGAAUAUGGGAAAACCUUUGGUGUGUACACCAACUUUAUUCAGUAACAGACACACUGCCAGAAAAAAAGUCUUAUGAAUGCUGUUGAUGAUUACGAGAAAGGUUUUAAUCAAUGCUCAACUCUUGUGCUAUGUUUGAAAAAAAAAAAAAAACAGUGGAAAGGAAACAUUAAUUCAGUUUAUAUAAUGGAGUUUAAAUCAGAGCUCAGACAUUGCUAAACUUAAGACAAAUUCUGAGGGGGAACGCUGUGAGUUGUGGGAAAACUUCAGUGGGGGAAAGAUUUUUACUGAAAGCAGUAAUGGGGAAAAAAAAUUCUAUCUGCUGUAAAGUGAGAAAAGUUCUAGUCUUUUAUUCAGACGGUCCACAGGAGGAAAGUUUUAUUGUUAUAAGAACUGUGUAACAAUCUUAAUGCAGAACCUUAACAGAUGCUGUAAAAAUCAGUGUGGUGUUGUAUGCAGUCAGAACUCAGAAGGAAAUGUAUUAAUGUUAUUGCAAAACUUUACAGGGCCCAAAUCACUUAUUGCAUAUCAGAGAAGUUAUUUUAGAGAAUGUAGGGAAAAAAUAAACCCCUUCCAUAUCUUAGUAUUCACUCUGAUAAUUGGCACACCACUUAUCUCCUGACAGCUGGAGAGUCCUUCCUUAUGCUAAUAGUAGGCAUCAUUAAAUUCCCUGUGCUAUUCUGGUAUUAAACAUUAACUACAUAACUCCA